AUGCACACCCUGUCGCAAUUCAAUCUGACCUAUAAGCGCUGUCCGAAGUGUUGCACCAAUCUGAAGAAGCGGAUUAGCAAGUCGGCCGCAGAAUGCACGUAUUGCAGGAAGGUCUAUUAUCCAGCGUAUUCUCCCGUUUCAAUCUGCCUGGUUUCGGACCCUUCUAACGAGCAUGCGUUGUUGGUUCGACAUCGUGGUUCGGCCAAUGGUGUCUACACUUGCGUGGCAGGAUUCGCGACGACGGGUGAACCCUUGCACGAGACUUGUCGCAGGGAGAUCGCUGAAGAGGUCGGACUCGAAGCGACGGAUAUAAAGCAGUUGGGGCUUUCACAACCCUGGCCAAUGCCUGAUAGCUCGCUCAUGAUCGGCUUCCGCGCCACCGCUGAUAGGUCAGAAAAGAUUACGGUAGCUUUGGAUGAGCUCGAAUCAGCGGAAUGGUACACGCGAGAUGAGAUCAUGCAGGCAUACCAGCGAACCAUCGAAGACCCAUUCCUGAAGGGCCUGACAAAAGAUCCAGAUAGCCGCCAGAUUUUACGAUAUAUCCCCCCAGCCGGGGCCAUUGCACACACACUGAUCAAAAAGUGGUUAUUCAAGGAAAUU